AUGGACGCACGAGGAGAAAGGAUUUUGUCGGACAUCAAUUUAGCCUUUAAACGGGAUCCUGCAAUAGAUGAAUAUGAUUACUUGCCAGUGUUGCAAGCGACUCAGAACCGGAGUCCAGUGAUUGUGACUAUGCACAAACUUGCCCUGGAACUUUGGAGCACCAAAAUUUUAUUUCAACAUGCUUACUCGAAACUCUUGGCCUGGCGUAACAGGGAACCCAAAUAUAAAUACCUUGAACCCCAUGAAAUUGUGUGUCUUACUCGUGCUGUUGUGAUGAUCAAUGCUGACUGCUGUACCGCAUGGAAUAUCAGGAAAGAGCUGAUUUUGUCUGGAGAUUUGAAACCUGAAGACUGUCUGAAACUUGGAGAACUUGUCCUUACUAAACACCCCAAAAGUGUUGAAACUUUUUCACACAGAAAAUGGCUGCUGAAGCAUUUACUGCUGAAAUAUCCAAUUCCCCAGGCAAGUGAUGAUGCUAGUCACAGAGAUGGCAAUAAUGAACAAAACCAGAACUACCAUCAGCUGGCUGAUGACGUCCAUCCACAAGACAACAGUAAUGGACACCAUAUCUGCCAGCACCAUGCAAACACUGCUGUCAACCAGACCCUCCAUAAUAUUUUCCUGCAAGAACUGAAAGUCUCCACCAGUGCUGCUUCUCGUUAUCAGUGCAAUUAUUAUGCCUGGAAUCAUCGAAUGUGGCUGAUGAAACAUUGUUUAAAAUAUUCCUUUGUUGUCUUGCUGUCUGAAUUAUCUUGGUCAAAAUCAUGGAUCCAACAGCAUAUCUCGGAUCACAGCUGUUUUCAGUAUCGCCAGUUUCUUCUGCGGGAAAUGUCCAUCUGUCAACAGCUGAGAUGCCCUUGCACCACAUCCAUGGAAGUGACUGAUCCAGCUUCUGAUUCCAUCGAGCUGUCUCUUCACAGCAAUGGCUGCAGUCAACGUCCCAUGGAAAAUCAUCUCUUAACAGAGCUUGCUCUUAUAUCAAAACUAAUUCAGUGUUAUCCAGGUCAUGAAACUCUUUGGUACCACAGGAGAUUCGUGUUCCACUCAAUAUCACAUGUCACUGAAUCUCAAAAGGAAUCUCUAUGCUAUCAAAGUGCACUGGAAAACAAUCCCCUGGACCAUGUUCUUUUGAAUUCUAUUGAUUUCCUUACCUCGUUCAUUAACAAUCCCUUACUCCCCAGUUGUUCAAUUUCCUUACCUCGUUCAUUAACAAUCCCUUACUCCCAGUUGUUCAAUUUCCUUACCUCGUUCAUUAACAAUCCCUUACUCCCAGUUGUUCAAUUUCCUUACCUCGUGCUGCUUUUUGAAAAGGAAGACUUAAGGGCUAACAUUUUACCUGCAUCUGUCAGAAAGAAACCCUUUUAUUCUAAAAUCACUCCACUGCAUUGUGCGGCAAUCAACCCAAAUAUCAAAUAUCUGCAAACACUUGUAGGUGUUGAACCUGACAUCAAUAUUGUUGACAAAUGGCAAUCGAAGACCAAUCCACUAUCACGGCAGCUUGUGUUUCUUCAGCACCUCUUGAAUAUCUGCUAG